AACCUCACAGCAACCGACCAGAUAACUCAGCAAAAAUGGCUCGCGGUCCUAAGAAGCACAUGAAGCGCCUUGCUGCGCCCUCCCACUGGCUCCUCGACAAAUUGUCCGGUGUCUACGCUCCCCGUCCUUCUCCCGGACCCCACAAGCUCCGUGACUGCUUGCCCCUUAUCAUCUUCCUCCGCAACCGUCUCAAGUACGCCUUGAACGGCCGUGAGGUUACCGCUAUCCUCAUGCAGCGUCUCGUCAAGGUCGACGGCAAGGUCCGCACUGACAAGACCUACCCCACCGGUUUCAUGGACGUCAUCUCCAUCGAGAAGACCGGCGAGAACUUCCGUCUCGUCUACGAUGUCAAGGGCCGUUUCACCAUCCACCGCAUCACCGCCGAGGAGGCCGAGUACAAGUUGUGCAAGGUCAAGAAGGUCCAGCUCGGUGCCAAGGGUGUCCCUUACCUCGUUACCCACGACGGUCGCACCAUCCGCUACCCCGACCCCCUCAUCAAGGUCCACGACUCCAUCAAGUUGAACUUGAAGGACAACAAGAUCGAGGGCUUCGCCAAGUUCGACCUCGGUAACAUUGCUAUGGUUACUGGUGGUCGUAACCAGGGUCGUGUCGGUAUCAUCACCCACCGCGAGCGUCACCACGGUGGUUUCGACAUCGUCCACGUCAAGGACGUUCUUGACCGUACCUUCGCUACCCGUAUGUCCAACGUCUUCGUCAUUGGUGAGGGUAACAAGGCCUGGGUCUCCCUUCCCAAGGGUAAGGGUGUCAAGCUCUCCAUCGCUGAGGAGCGUGACCGCCGUCGUGAGGCCGCUGCCCGCGAGUAAAUGUAGCCUUCUCGGUUAUGUUUACCCGUGAGUGCUGAGGUCGUGCGUUGCUGCAAGAAAAAAAAAAGGAUAAAGGGAGGUGUUUUUGGAUGGAUUUUCUUUUUUCGGGAUGUCUUUGUGUCUUUCUUAGGUCUAGCUUUUUCU